UCAGAGAUUUCACAUACCCUUUUCUUGAUCCAUCUCAAAUAUGACCAAAAUCUGGCUAGAAAUAUGCUUGAUUUCUGCUAGGGGACUCACAAGAACUUUAUCUCUAUGGAAGCUUCAAUGGUUUGCUGUUGGUUGGAUUGAUCCCAACAACAAGUAUUGCACCAAAGUUGAUGCUUCUGGGAACUCAAAUCCCACAUGGAAAACCAAGUUUUCGGCUUCCACUGAUUCAAGAUGCGACGAUUUGACCCUCAAUGUUGAAGUUUACAGCAGAGAUCCUGUGUUUCUGAAAGAAAGACUCCAAGGGACUGCAAGUAUUGGGUUGAAAGAGUUUCUCGAUAAGCACAGAAAGAAUUGUGAUGAUCAGUCAUUGAAGCAUGUUGAAGAAGUUGGUAGUUUUCAGUUGAGAAAAAAGAGUUCGAAUAAACCUCAAGGAUUUGUGGAUGUUUCAUUUCGAAUUUCGCCCGAGACCAAUGAGGGCAGUUCGUAUGAAGGUGAUGAUGUCGGGAUCAAACUAAGGAUUCGCAACCACGAGGGCAUCCAUCGGCCAUCGCCAAUCGGGAACUCUGAAAAUCAUCUGCAGACGGAUUAUUACUCUGCCGGAGGAGGACAGAAUUACCCUUCGUCAGGAGGACCGGGAUACCAACCACCACAUACUCCGUCGCCGGCAGGAUCAAGCUACCACCACCCUCGAACGCAACCGCCACUGACUUAUCCGUGCGCCGGAGGAUCAAACCACCAACCACCACCACCACCACCACCACCUCCUUAUAAUGUGGGCUAUAUGCCAUCGUCAUCGAUGGAUAAUUAUAUGAAUAUGCCAUCAUCAUCAUCGUCAUCGCGACCAGGGGCUAGACCUGGUUUGGCAAUGGGGUUGGGUGCCGGAGCGCUGGCAGCUGGUGCGGUCAUCUUCGGAGACGAUUUCGUGUCUGGGUUUGAUGUUCCUACGGGUUUCACAAUAUCAACUGAUCCUCCUUUCUAACAAAUAAUACUACGAUUGUAUCAUCUUAUCAUCUUGCUUCCGAAUAAUAAAACUAUGUUGAAUCUUUGAUGUUUGUAACAACUGGUCUGCCUUCA